UCUCUGUUAUGAUUGUGUGAUCGUGAUCGAAUGUUUACGUUAUUAGUUAAAAUAUAAGUACACAUAUACUUAGAGAAAUGCAUUAUAAAAAAUGCCCAUGAAUUAGUCAAUUUUCUAUGUUUUAAAGAAAGUAUACUAAUUAGCUUGUUUCCUUACUUUUAGAAUAAGUUUCAUAAGCUCUAUCGGGAUUGACAGUAUUACAUAGAAUGCCUUUCACAGCUGACGCCGCUGCUUACCAAAUUCAGGAAAGACUGAAAAGCAUUAAUCAACUAGUCCACGAUGUUGAAAAAGCACGAGAACACUCAGAAGUCAAUUUGAAUAACAUCACCAAGACGCAGGAAAAAGUUAAUGCGGAUGAAAAAAUAUCGCCUUUCUAUCAGCAAAAGUUGAAAAGCCAGUACAGUUCAGCAGUCGUGGAUGCCCAACAGGAGGAAGACUUGCUAAGGAAAGCCUUGGAAAAAAUAAACGAGAUCAGAUCUAUUAGAAAUGAAAGAAAAAUACAGAGUGGCCUGGGUGCAUCGAAGCUCGUGCAACUGUUUGGCCUCUGUAAGGACGAUUACCUGCAACUUGAAAUCAUUGGUUAA